CAGAUCCGGAUUCUGCGGCUCGCACCAGCAGCCGAAUUGGACGACGAUUUGCGCGGAGAGCUGGAAGUAAGAUCAUUCAAACGCCUUCCGCCGUAUGAGGCCUUAUCGUAUACGUGGCAGCCACCGUUCGAAGGACAGACCCUGCCAGAUGAUGUGAUAUGGUUUUUCGGAUAUCCGCUUCCCAUCACCGGAAACCUAAGCAACGGGCUCCGAAGAGUAAGGCGAGAGGACAAAGAAAGAGUUCUAUGGGUCGAUGCCAUAUGUAUUGAUCAGGACGACUCUCGUGAGCGCAACCACCAGGCGCAUAUGAUGGCCGAAAUUUAUUCGAAGGCGGUUAGAGUACUUGCAUGGCUGGGC